GCCCAACCCACGAACUAAAACCCUCGCAAAACCCACAAGUGCAGAAAAUCCCAAAAAUCGCGACCCGCCUCCGGAGAGCAACGAACUUGGAGCUGCAUCAGCAAUGGCCGCGAAGGAAGAGCAAUCGAAGAAGAGAAAAAACGUCUCCCACCCGAAAGGGGACGCUACUAAAUCGAAUCCUAAGAAACUGAAAUCAGCUUCCGGCAACCCGAAGGAUGGUCCGAAGAAGCCUUUCAUAUCGUCCAAGCAAGGGGCGAAACUGAAACAAAAAGAAGCUACGCCUCGAGCUCAGACAGACAAUGCGGAAUCGAAGCGCGAGAGCCGUUUACGCGCUAAGGAACUAACUGAAGCUAGGAAGAAGAAGAGGAAGAGGCAUUAUACAUUAGAACAAGAGCUUACAAAAUUAUGGGAGAAGAUGAGACAGAGAAAUAUUUCGAAAGAAGAUAGAUCCAGAUUGGUGACUGAAGCUCUGAACAAGAUGCAAGGGAAAAUCCCUGAAGUUGCUAGCUCACAUGUUUCUUCUCGUGUUCUCCAGACUUGUGUGAAGCAUUGCACUGUAGAGGAAAGGAAUGCUGUGUUUCAAGAGCUCCGCCCUCACUUUAUUACACUUGCCUGCAACACAUAUUCAGUCCAUCUGGUGACAAAGAUGUUAGACAAUGCAUCCAAAGAACAACUGGCAAAAUUUAUCUCGUCUCUUCAUGGGCAUGUUGCCUCUCUUCUUCGUCAGAUGGUUGGUUCGCUGGUUAUUGAGCAUGCAUAUCAAUUGGGAAAUUCAGCUCAGAAGCAAGCUCUUCUAAUAGAACUCUAUUCGUCUGAAAUUCAGAUGUUCAAGGAUUUACUCUCAGUUAAGGAAACCAGGGUUGUAGAUGUCAUUUCCAGGCUACAGCUACAAAAAUCUUCAGUCGUACGUCAUAUGGCAGCUGUGCUUCAGCCUAUUCUGGAGAAGGGAAUCCUUGACCACUCUAUCAUACACAAGGCACUGAUGGAGUUUUUAAGCAUCACUGAUCAGUCUUCUGCUGCAGAUGUUAUUCAGCAGUUAUCAAGUGCAGACCUUGUCCGGAUGAUGCACACAAAGGAUGGAUCCAGGAUUGCAAUGCUUUGUAUCAAGCAUGGGAGUGCAAAGGAUAGGAAGAAAAUCAUCAAAGGAAUGAAAGGCAAAAUUGAGAAGAUUGCUCGUGAUAAAUUUGGUUGUAUGGUGCUUGUGUGCAUACUUUCAACUGUUGAUGACACGAAACUUCUAUCAAAGAUCAUUAUUCGUGAGCUUCAGGACAUUCUGAAGGAAAUUGUUUUGGAUCAGAAUGCAAGGCGACCACUGUUGCAGCUACUUCAUCCCCUCUGUUCUCGCUAUUUUAGUCCAGAUGAUUUGGACUCGAUGAAUUUAUCAAUUCCUUCACUCCUCAGGGGACCGACAGAUGUGGAUGAAGCAGAGCCUUCAGGUGUAGAUGAAGAAGAUGAAAUUGAUGCAGGUGUGGCUAACUCUAAUAAAACUAAAUUUCCACCAAAAGUUCAACAUUUAAAUGAGGGUGGGAAAAAAGAUCCUUUAAGGAGGAGGCAAGAGUUGUUGGUUGAUAGUGGACUUGCUGAGAAACUCAUCAAUGUGUGCUUGGAGAUUACAGGAGAAUUACUUAGAUCCAAUUUUGGUAAAGAUGUUAUAUUUGAGGUUGCAUCUGGAGGUGCCGAUGGAAUUCUCCAUCCCAUUCUGGAUGAAAAGUUGGGUGCCUUGCAUGGAGCUAUAGCAUCCCUCGCUUCACAGCCAAAAUUAGAAGAGUCAGAAGAGGAGCAUCUCCUUGAACACUACCAUUCUAGUAGGACUAUAAGAAAACUGGUCCUAGAGUGCCCUGCCUUCGCUUGUAAGUUAUACGAGAACGCUUUAAAAGGAAAAUGUGCAACGUGGGUGCAAGGUCACAGUUUGAAGGUGAUAAGUGCAUUCUGGGAAACCUCGGAUCCUGCUGUACGGGAGUUGAUCAAGGAAGAGUUGCAGCCAUUGGUAGAUAAUGGUGUUCUCAAGGUAGCUCAAGAAAAGGAAAGUACUAAAGCGCAGGAGGGGCUCUCAGAUAGAUGUCUGUUUUGAUGUUGUAUUGAGUAACGGAGAUAUUAUAUAUAUUUUUUAUAUUUAUAAAUUAAAAAGAUAUUGUACAGAUGUCUUUUCAGAUAUCUAUUUUUGGCCAUUGUAUUUGUGUUAGAUACUUUUGAAUUGCUUUCACCAUGUAUUGGAGUUCAUUU